AUGGUUGCAGUGACAGUUGAUGGAACUUGGCAGAAGAGAGGCCACUCAUCAAGAGUUGGAGUAGUUUUUGUGAUAUCUGUCAGGACUGGUCAAGUGCUGGAUUAUGUCAUCAAAUCCUUAUUUUGCCAUGAGUGUAAAAGUCAUGAAAAAGAUGAUAAAGACACAGCUAAGUACAAAAAUUGGCAUCAAAAGCAUGUAGGACAUUGUCACAUAAAUCAUGAGGGAGCUUCAGGAAACAUGGAAGUGGAUGGUGCUGUUGAAAUAUUCACAAGAAGUAUUGAAAAAAGGUUUUCGAAAUAUACAGAGUUUAUUGGAGAUGGGGACAGUAGUACUUUUGGAAAAGUAAAGGAGGCAUUGCAAGUCAAAUAUGGGGAUGAUUACUCAGUUUUAAAGGAAGAAUGUGUUGGCCAUGUCCAAAAGCGAAUUGGUACAUCACUCAGGGAAUAUAAAAGAAGGAUGAAGAAAGAAAUGCUUCCAGAUGGAAAACCUGUCGGGGGUAAAGGUAGAUUGACAAAAGCUGCAAUUGAUAGCAUUCAAAACUAUUAUGGUUUGGCUAUCAGAAGAAAUUCAGGGAACAAGGAUGGUAUGAAGAACAGCAUAAUGGCAAUUCAGCACCACAUGGUAAAGUCAGAAAAACUUUCUCUUGCGCAGCAGCACCAGUACUGCCCACAGGAUGAAGCAACAUGGUGCAAGUAUUGGAGAGAGAAGAUUUUUGGUGAUGGCGAAAACAAUCAAGAGAAUCGACUUCCUGCCGUUUUUCAUGAAGAGUUGAAACCAAUUUUUGAUAGAUUAUCCCAGGAUGAACUAUUAAAGAGAUGUUUAAGGGGCCUUACACAAAACCGAAAUGAGAGUCGACACAAAACCUGAAUGGUCAACUUUGGACAAAUCGAUGCCCUAAGACAAAGUAAUGUGGUAUAAAAAGAGUGACAAUUGCUGUAUGUGAAGCUGUAUCUGUUUUUAAUACAGGUACUGCAUUCAAAGCACUGCUGAUGCAGAGUCUGGGGGUAACAGACUUAGGUUCUCAAACCCUUAAAUUUUUUCGAAAGGAGAACAAAAGAAGAAUAGAGAAUAUGAAAAGGAAGUCUAGCGCAGAAUUCAAAGCACGCAGAAAAGAAUUACGAAUGAAAAAAAAAGAUUCAAGGAAAGCCAAGUGAAACCUUCUAUAAACCAGGUGCUUUUGGUUUAGAAGUUGAACCAGAGGUUGAGAAAUGUACCAAAAAGAAGCAGAGCAGGAAAAGACCUUAUUCAGUGACAAAGCAAACAGAAGUCCCUAAUAUAACAUUUUGUGAUGAAAAAGACAUUUUUGUUACCGUAGAGAGAAAGAAGAAAAGAUAAACUGAAGCAAGAAAGUAUGCUUGAUUUGUAGAUUAAUUGAAGAUAUUUUUGCAGUAAGGAGUAAGCUUCAAGCACCUGUAAUGAAAAAUUAAGCCAAGUAACCAAUUUUACUUGCAAAGGCCAAACUUUGCCAAGAUUUACAACUUUAUUUUUAAUGGCGUUUUUCUCAAAACAUGAAAUUUCAGCACUUCUGUUACAAAAACAUUUGUAUUUUUCAAGCUGUUUUGUGAAACCAGCUGAAACUUUUGGAAUAUAUGUAGUAAAGAUUAAACUAUGCAAUAAGUAGAGGAUUUUGAAAUCUGUCACAGUUGGUGGUAGUUGCCAUGAAAACAGUCUUUUUCGGAGUAUUUUGCCCCCAAAAUUGAAAAAUCUAAAUUUCUUCUACUUAUUGCAUUCCUAAUGGUAUAAUUGAUGUUUGUGCAAAAUUUCACAUUUAUAUUGUUUUAUUCAGCUUAGAUAUCUGCACUAAAUCAUUGCAAUUUGAUACUCUUUUUCUUAUGUUUGCAUGGAAACCAUUCAAAUUUUUGCUCAAAAUUUUUGCUCAAAAUAUUUCAAACAAGGAGAAUCAAAUGUGUGCUAAAUUUUAAGGAGCUACAUUGCAUGGAUUUCAUUUUAUAGUCAUUUUACUGUUUCUGUAAGUGUACUAUCAACAGCCUCCUUAAGCAAUAGCUUGUGCUUAGGCAAAAACAUGACCAGCUUGAAGCAAAAGCUAAGUAAAAGGUCACCAGGGCAGGUUAAAAUCUUAUGUAUCGCAUUGAAACAGGGGUGCUACAGUAUAGUAUGUCGCCAAAAAGGAAAUACCGUCAAGAGAAAAUAUAACAAUAACAUGUUUCCUGAAGUGUGUCUGUGCUGCGGUGACAAUAAUGAAUUCGUAAUUUUAAUGGUUCUCGAGUACUUGCGUGUAUAUUUAUU